GGAGGUUUUACCCGGAAGUGUUACAGUUUCUGACAUCCGGUUUCUAUAGCCCAAACUGAAGCUGGUGUAACCGGCUGUUACCAAACUGCUAACUCUAUUUUUCCUGACUUCUGUGUGUAAUGGCAGUCCAAAUGAAAGACAAAGACGCUUACCAAAGACUAAACUAUCUUUACCAGGCUGCACAUUGUGUUUUAUCCCAGAACCCGGAGAACGUGGAGCUGGCUCGGUUCUACUGCUUCACUCAGAGGACCAUAGCCAGACGUUUAGUUCUCAGACAAGAUCCGUCAGUAAAGAGAACGAUAUGCAAGAAGUGCUGCUCGUUGCUCAUCCCCGGUGUAACCGCCACUGUAAGACAACGAAGAAAAAAUAGGAAGACCCGCUUCACUGUUGUGAGGUGCCUCAGCUGUGGGCAGAGCAAGUCGUUCCUGAAUGAUCCGGAUCAUUGUUUGUGGGUCGACCGUCCCGAAGCUCAGCUGCAGCCACAAAAGCAGCCAGAUCCAAAACCUUCCAUUAAAAAACAGCCAAAAGACAAAAAGCCUGACGGGUCAGUGUCGUCUAAACCCAGCGCUGCCCAGAGCUCUGCCGGCACGUAGCAGCAGUUCAACUCUUCUGACCGAGAAAUAUGAAGGACUGAUGUUUCUUUUUCAUUUGUUUAAGAUAUGUGUAACAUUAUUAUAUUACAUAUAUCCAUAAUCUUUUAGUAAUUUUAUUGAUUUAGUAACUGUUUGGCCUCUGUGAGAUCAUUUUCAGUAUUUUUCUGCAGGGUGAUUUUUGAUGCUACCAACAGAUGGCCACCAGGCGGUGUCCUGCACAUUUAAAAGAUUUUUUUUUUUUUU